AUGAAGUGCGCCAUUGUUGCCGUCGUUCUUGCUCUGGCCGUCGCCUCGGAAGCCGGAGUUCUGCCGUGGGGCUGGCCGUACGGAGGACUUCCCGCUGCUGUUCCGGUUGCCUCGUGGCCUCCGGCAGCUAUCCAUGCCGCCUACCCCGCCUGGGCUCCGCACGCUGCCAUCUAUGCUGCUCCGCAUGCCGCUAUCCUGGCCGCUCCCCAUGGCCCAGCCGCCUCGGUUGCCCACCACGCCGGAGUAGUUCCCGGAGCCACCUCGGUCACCGCUACCCGUGGUGCCGUGCACGUCGCUCCCCUGCCCGGACACGCCGUCUCCCAGCAGCAGCUGAACCUGGCCCCGGCCCCCGGAACCCUGUAA